AUGGAAGUAUUUAUCAAAGAACCAUCUGAACAUUCUCACGUACCUGAUCCAAAUCGACUUCAUAUCGUUCGACUUAAAAACAAAUUAAAAGAACGUAGUGCUUCAUCAGAUGAAGGAGGCACUACCAUAUUAUUCGAUGUAUUACAUAAAGUACCAUUGUCUGUAAGUGCUAAUUUAUCUACAAAUGAAGCAUUAUUACAAACAAUUCACCGUGAGCGACCUACUAUUCAACUUGAUCAUAAUGGCCGUUUACCACUUAUCAGAGGCCGAAACGAACCGAACUUUUCUGGUUCGAGUUCGGUUCGGCCCGAUUGA